AUGGCUGAUUUAGAGGAGUUCUCCAAACGUAUUAAUGACAGACUGGCAGCAGUAACGCGAAUGCUGGAUCUCUCUACUACAGAUGUGCCUCAGAAUAAGAUGAAAAAAGUUGGUCAAGAGCUGUUUGCUAUUGAAGGGAUUUUGGAAGAGUAUGAAAAGUGUGUGAGUGUUCAAAGAGACCAACUUCAGCAACUGAAAAAACUCGAAAAAGCAUCACAACAAUAUGUAGAAGAACUGCGGCACCUUCGAGACAACAUCCCUGAACAUUUGCCAAAGAAAACAAAUCAAGUCAAUGAUCCAUUAUUAAAAGCCCACGGAGACGCAGAGAAAGUCCAGCCACAGCAGCCUGAAGUCAAAAAGGUUAGCAAGAGGCAUAUUAAGGAAAUGGAGAUCAUCACGGUUCCAGAGUUUGAGAGCAUUCCUCAGUAUAUGAAGGGGAGAGUGUCAUAUGACCAACUUAAUUCUGCUGUGCGUUCAAUCAAUGCAUCGAUAUCCUCCAAAUACAAGAUACUGCAUCAGCCAAUGAAAACACUCAACAAUCACACACGCAAGUUGCAACAGCAGUUUAAGCAACAAGAGACAAAGGAGACAAAAGGUAAAUUCUUCAUCGUUGAAGGUGACAUAAGCGAAUUUACCGAGAGAAAAGUAGAUAAAAAGUUUCAAGGGAUUUUAAACAUUCUUCGUCACUGCCAACGCCUCAAGGAGCAACGAGGUGGUGGCAUCACUCGCUUUGUUCUGUUGUAG